CCUCCAUCGACCUCCACCCAUUGAAUUUUAAUAAAUUCUUGUUGGGAUAUAUUCCCCCAAUUUCCCCUCCUCCUCCCAACAAUCUGGUCGAUCACUCCCGCGCCAAAACCAAAACAAAAAACAAAGCCGUUCCGAAAUCCGAUCCGAUCCCACAACAAGAAAAGAAAAGAAAACCCAACACUUUCUCACUUCGAUCGUCGUUUGGCAAUCACCCAGAUUGAAACCAUGGCCUUCAACCUUGCUCAGAGCACCGCCGCCGCGGCGUCCGUCGCGCCCCGCACCCCUCGCCACGCGGCCGCGGCGCCCGCGUCCGUCUCCGUGAGGAAGGCGGGCGGCGCGCCGCCAUCGUCGAGCGGCCUCAGGCUGCAGCGGCAGGCGUGCUGCGAGCCGUCGGUGGCGCCGGCGCGUCCGGUGGCGUGCCGCGCCGCGGCGGCGGCGGCCGAGCGCGCCUCGAGGAGGAGGGCGGGCGUGCCUGUGUUCGUGAUGAUGCCGCUCGACACCGUCAAGAAGUGCGGCACCGCGCUGAACCGGCGCAAGGCGGUGCAGGCGAGCCUUGCGGCGCUCAAGAGCGCCGGCGUGGAGGGCGUCAUGGUGGACGUGUGGUGGGGAAUCGCCGAGAGCGACGGCCCCGGGAGGUACAACUUCGCGGGGUACGCGGAGCUCAUGGAGAUGGCGCGCAAGACGGGGCUCAAGGUCCAGGCCGUCAUGUCCUUCCACCAGUGCGGCGGGAACGUCGGCGACUCCGUCAACAUCCCGCUGCCGCGCUGGGCGCUGGAGGAGAUGGAGAAGGACCAGGACCUCUGCUACACCGACCAGUGGGGCCGCCGCAACUUCGAGUACGUCUCGCUCGGAUGCGACGCCAUGCCCGUGCUCAAGGGCCGCACGCCCGUCGAGUGCUACACCGACUUCAUGCGCGCCUUCCGUGACCACUUCGCCGACUACCUCGGCAACACCAUCGUCGAAAUCCAAGUCGGCAUGGGCCCCGCCGGCGAGCUGCGCUACCCGUCCUACCCGGAGAGCAACGGCACCUGGAGGUUCCCCGGCAUCGGCGCCUUCCAAUGCAACGACAGGUACAUGCUUAGCAGCCUGAAGGCGGCAGCGGAGGCGGCCGGCAAGCCGGAGUGGGGCCACGGCGGGCCGACGGACGCCGGCAGCUACAACAACUGGCCGGAGGACACCAUCUUCUUCCGCCGGGAGAACGGCGGGUGGAGCACCGAGUACGGCGACUUCUUCCUGUCGUGGUACUCGCAGAUGCUCAUGGAGCACGGCGACCGCAUCCUCACCGGCGCGUCGUCCGUGUUCUCCGCCUCCCCCGUCGAGGUCUCCGUGAAGGUCGCCGGCAUCCACUGGCACUACGGCACCCGGUCGCACGCGCCGGAGCUCACCGCGGGGUACUACAACACCCGGCACCACGACGGGUACCUCCCCGUGGCGCGGCUGCUGGCCCGCCAUGGCGCCGUGCUCAACUUCACCUGCGUCGAGAUGCGGGACCACGAGCAGCCGCAGGACGCGCAGUGCAUGCCCGAGGCGCUGGUGCGGCAGGUGGGCGCGGCGGCGCGCGCCGCCGGCGUGGGCCUGGCGGGCGAGAACGCGCUGCCACGGUACGACGGCGCGGCGCACGACCAGGUGGUGUCCACGGCCGCCGAGCGCGCCGCCGAGGACCGGAUGGUGGCGUUCACGUACCUGCGCAUGGGCGCCGACCUCUUCCACCCGGACAACUGGCACCGGUUCGCCGCCUUCGUGCGCCGCAUGGACGGCGCCGGGUCGUGCCGGGAGGCCGCGGAGCGGGAGGCGCGAAGCGUCGCGCAGGCCACCGGCUCGCUGGUGCACGAGGCCGCCGUCGCGCUGCGGAGCUGACCUGAGGUUUCCCAUCGCUUUGUGUAGGGGUUUUCUUUGGGAGGGAGGGUGCUCGGAGGUCGACGGCGAGCGAUCUCUCGGGGUACGGUUACGCGUAGACGAGAUUGUGACCAAGGCGGGAGGGAAAGGGAGGGGAGGACAAAAAAAAAUGGUGUUUUUUUUUGUCACGUUCUCAGGCUCCGACGAUCGUCGCCGGGGCUUGUUCGGGGAAUAUAUCCAGAAGUUUCUGCAGAAAUCCGCA